UCAUUUUUCAAUUUUUCAAUUUUAUUUUCACCAAGAGAGAGAAAAAAAAAAAAAGAAGAGAGAGAAAGAAAGAGAUGAAAGCAAACGCGAGCCAGCAGAACAAGUUCCUCCGGAUAAUCACGACUCCAUUUCGGGCCCUCGGCAAGGCCCGAGACUUCUACGUGAAGAGAAUCAUGGAUUGCGCCGGCAGCAACGUAAUAGGAUUGCAAGCUACGUCGCAGGCGCCGGGCCUACCUAGAAGCUUCAGCACCGCCAGCAGCUCGGCCCGAUCCGACAACGACGAGGACUAUCGGGAGCUGGUUCGUGCCACGUCAGCUGGACGGAGCAUCGGCGGCGGGGUUGAUUUGGAGGCGUACCUGAUGAGGCGGGAGAUGGGGAUGAGGGGGGGCUCCGGCGGCGGCCCGGCGACCAUGCCGCCGAGGAGCUUAACCGUUUCAAUGGGGAGGAUUGAUGAAGAAAGGCCUUGUUGCUAUUUUCGCGAAGAUUUUUACGGCAGGAGAUCAAUUGUUAAUUCCAAGAAUGAAUUGAAAUACCCUAGAAGCAAAAGUCACGCCGUGGCAAGAACCCCCUUUUAAUUUUUUUUUUUUAUUUUUUUUUAUUUUUUUAAUUUAAUAUUAAUGUUUAUUUUGAUAGAAACAUGGGAAAUGCUCCCAAUUUACUUUUACAUAUACGUAUUUGAUAUUUCACAUUCUUUUU